GAAUCCGGGAAACAGAACAAAGUGCAUGGAGAAAGAUGAAGGAAAAAUGAACGUUUUUUUUUCGUGUCCCGAUGUAGCGCACCUACGUCAUAGACUAACGAAGUGAAUCCCAAUCAAUCCCAAUCAAAUUUGUACAAUGUUGUGUGUCCGCGGAGCUGUGAAAUACAUUCAUUAAUUCUCGUUUAAACACGGGAUUGAGUGUCGUUAAAGUUUCAAUGUGUGACGAGAAAUUUGCGAUCUUUAACGUUCGCUCGAAAUGGAGGAAAAUGGGAAAGACCAAUUUGCAGACUGGUCAAAAAAUAAAAAGAAACAGAGUAUCAACGCCCCAGUCACUAAAUCAAAAAAUGUUAUUCACACCUUGAUGCACAGGGACUUUGGUAUUGGUACUACAAGCAAAGCCAGUACCAGAGAUUUGGAACCAGUCGCUGAAACUAAUCUUGUACUCAAAGAUCACAAAGAAUUGAAAUGCAGCUUGCCUGGGGUACCCAGAGCCACAUUUCUGAUGGUUUUCAGUCCCGAUGGUACAAAAGUUGCCUCAACCCAUGGGAAUCAUUUUAUUUACGUGACGGAUUUGACAACGGGUAAAAACAUCAAAACUCUUUCGGGACAUCCUCGAACACCUUGGUGCAUUGCUUUUCAUCCAUGGUCCAACGACAUCCUUGCUUCUGGUUGUUUGGGUGGACAAGUCCGAGUUUGGGAUCUCAGUGGUGGAAGUGAAGUAUGGAAUGCUGAGAGUGAGACUGUCAUAGCUUCACUCGCGUUUCAUCCAUCCGAACGUUUGCUCGUCAUUGCAACUUACAAUGAUAUACAUUUUUGGGACUGGAGUGAACCAGAGCCGUUUGCCGUUGCAACAACGAGUAACGAGAAGGAAAAAGUGAGAUACGUGGCUUUUGACAAAUCGGGGAAGAAGUUGAUAACAGGGAUUGGAAAUAUGCCGAAACGUCCGCAAUCGCAGUGGGAUCGUGGGCCUCGCGAGUCGCAUGCAUUUUCAUUAAUACCGCCUGAAAACAGCAUGCAUUUGCACCGUUUGCGGGCAAAUCGUGCAUUCCUCAGAGCACGUGCCCAAGAACAUCGGAGAAAUAUAACGAAUCGUCGACGUGUUGGGCAGAACGUCAACGAGGAAGAGAAUGACGCGAAUAAUCGCAAUAGCGAUUCUUAUUGUCUUUUCGAAGACAUUUCGCCACAAAUGAGCUUACGCAUCCUACGCUGGUAUUACAAUGAGUUUCGCCACAAUGCAAUGUAUGAUAGAUUUGAAGAAGUUACUCGACGUAUCCUCUUGAGAAACGUCGAUAACGAGCGACCGGCAAGUACUGUACAAUCGGCGAUUCCACAAAACGAGAGCGUAACGAUUCAAGUACGCCGGAACACGCACUCGGCUUCGUACGAAAGCGAACGUGGAAGUGAGGUCAGAAGAGGAGAAGAAAGUCGUAAUAAUGUCCCCACAUCGCCAAUAGAAAUGGAAUCAUCGAACGAAGAGGAUACGCCCCCGACGCCUUCGCAGUCGAAUACUGUAUCGUCCCGCAUCGAAGCACAAACUUCAGCGAACGUUGAGGGAUCAUUGAAAGAUCCCAUGGAAUUUCAUCCUUGGUCAACACGAGCCAAUACUGUAGACGCUGUUAGAUUUAGACACAGAUGCAACGAACCUCCUCCUUCCCGUCCUCCUCCAGUUGCCGUUCACGGUCCACCGAUCCCUCUUCCGCCGCCUUUUCCUUCGCCCUCUUCCAGCUCACUCUCGCAACCGACAGCUUCCAUUUCGAGCACUUCCGCGAUGCCGUCAACGACCUCGACGUCAAAUGAGGCCUCGACUUCGUCUCACGAGGGUGAACUCUCCAAGCGAAAACGCUACCUUAAAGGACUUCACAAUGCUCUGCGAACUAUCAACAGUGAAGUGGGUCAAGCGAGAAUUGACAAAUCGAAUCAACGAUCGCGAGAGAACAGCAACACUCUGGAAACAGCGACGCCCAACACCACCACACUCUUCAAUCUCGGAGCCCGAUUAAAAUCCGACUCUGGUGCCCAAUCUCGUAUGGAACAACAACGUGAUUCACCGAUUCAUAGAAAUGUCGAAACACAAGGAACACCAUCGACUACCCCAACUCCUGAAACCACGAGCACAUCUAGCAGCAAUGAUUCCACUUCUGCAAACAGACCGUCUUUGGGAUCAACUAAUGCUAAUGAAAAUACGGCGGAAAAGACUGGUCCAUCGUGGGGACAAUCGAGCAGACAUCCUCUGUUCGACGAACCAUGGUGCAAUCGUAUUCUUCCCGCAGUUGAAACUUCAUCGUCGAGUGACGAAGCUGAAUCUCCAUCCGAGCAACAGAUCCAUUCGCAGCCAGAAAGUUCAGUAUCCCAGCGUCUGCCAAGUACUUCAGGUUUCACGGUGUCGUAUCGAUCGGCUUUUCAACCGAGUCAACCGCGUCCUUUUGAUCCUUGGGCACGUGGUUCAACAGACGCGGUUAAUCGGAAUUUUCAAGGUUCCUAUCCCUCGGUAGAUUCUUUAUUCCCAAAUCCGAAUAACGUGAAUAAAAGAUGGCUAGAUUUUGCGAAAGUCACUUCGGAGGAGCUUUCACAGAGAGCUGGAUCAUCGAGCCAAAACGCUGAAAAUUCUGCAACGUCACCAGCUGCGUCAGCUCAAGUUCCGGGAAAUGAGGAAACAACUACUAACGGCGGGGUAAUAGACGACGAAGACGACGAAGAAGUUGAUGAACAGAAUUCUGGGAAUGUGGGAACUUCAUCGAGCUCUCCGAGAGCUGACGGACCAUUCGAAGAAGUGGAAGUAGCGCUCGAAGAGUUGGCUGAAACUCUUGAGCCAGGAAGUGAUGUACAUCGAAGUAUUCGAUCGCUUUCACGACGAUUAGAUAUGUUAAGGGAAUCGAUACUUGACAACAUUGAGAACGAAAACAAUAACGCCAGUGGUAGGAGCACCAGUAAUCGAGUUAACCCAAUUAUUAUGAGACAUAAUAAUCACAACAGCAACAAUAAUAACAAUGGCAACAACAACAGUAAUAGCCACAAUAAUAGCAACAGCAACAACACUAACAACGUCGGUGACGAAGAGAGUGGUGAGCAAUCGGGCUAUUGGCUGCUGGAAGAGAACAGUAAUUCUGAUUCAAUCGAGGAAAUCGCAAACGCCGAGCCUGGCACGAGUACAGGUACAAAUUCGAGAAACUGGACAAGUCGUUGGAUACCUUUAGUGUCUGAUGUGCCGAGUGGUCAGUCAAGGAACGAUAACCCAGCGAGGAACACCGAUCGGGAAAGAGGAGAAAAUCGUCAAGAAAAUUUGUCCGAGAGAGAUUCUCUUCCAGAUCUCAAUCGACUGUCACCCGUAAUCGUGAAUUCAACGCGUUAUGAACAACCCCCGUUAUUCCCUUUCUCGAGCCUACGAGAAAAUCAACUGAAAAAGCGCGAAGAAGAAAACCGAAGAAGAACAGCGACGGCUGAGAAUGGAGAAGAAUCUCGUUCGCCUGGAGCGAGAGCUACUACGUCGUCAUCUUCUUCAGGCAUGCCUUCGACUUCUAGGGAAAAAAAUCAAAGGAAUGACGGUCGCGAGGACUGCAGACUUUCGCAACCUUCCUCAAGCAGAGCCUCAACUUCAUCGCACACUGGAAUUCAUCGAGCGUCUCACGUGAAUUCAUCAGCUGGCAAAAGUUUUAUCAAGUGUGCUUGUAGAAUGUGCAUAAGGGCUCAGGUUCGUUUGUUAAGACGAAUUGGCAUAUCGAUCAAUCGAAUGGCAUCCGGUCAAUCGUACGAGCCCGAAGAAACUGGAGCUCGUGAAACGGGCAGGAGUAAUAUGAGGUCCGAAGAUACAGGCUUUCGAGGCUGGACACCGCGAAGGCCCGGACCAUUUUGCGGCAGUGGUAUCGCACGAACCGAAAUAUUCCGUCUCUGUCACAUCAGAAUGAUGUGGUCAAAUCUUUUUACUCAAAUAUGCGCGUUAAUCGUUGCAUGCGAUGUGAAUGAGGAAAAUAAUCCGGGCACAAGCGCAGCUUCUGCAGAAUUAAACAGCGAGACAGGGACUCAAAUGCCAUCCUCGAACACAACUACGCAAAAUAUUGAUAACGCAAAUGGUGGAGUCUCCGGAACAACUUCAAAUACAAAGACUCGAGGUAUGCGGCCUGAUGUACACGAUGAAAUCCGUAUCUUGAGAAAUAUAUUCGAAAGGUAUCGGUCUCUCGAGGAAAAUCAACCAAGUACGAGUACCGCCGCGACGUCCAGCAAUUCCGCAAAUGAUGUUCCUUCCACCUCCGCAGGAACGAGCUCUCAUUUAGAACAAUUAUUGUCUGGGGAUAUAGAAAAAUUAUUGUCUGGGUUUUCUCCGGGGGUCGCACGUUGGUUUAGACGUUAUUGGAACUGGCAUCUUCUCUAUAAAUCAUUGAACAGUGAACGAAGUAACGUUCCUACGCUCAACAUUGAUCAACCUUCGACUUCGAGCACUUCUACUAGCUCCAAUAAUCAAGAAUGCGCUCAAAAACCUGUGACAAAUUAUAAAAAAGUACUUUUGGCCAAUUAUAAAAGAGAGAACAGUCAGAUUGACGGUGAAUCUCCGAUGGGUGCAACGAAUUCCGAGAACUCGAGCGAGCGUGAUAAUGCGAGUGAUAUUCCGACCAAGCGAAUGAAAAUGGAGACGAACGAGAAUGCCAGAAAAGAGGCUCAAACUGAAGAAAGCUUGAAUAAUAAAAACUGGAAAUAUUCCAUUAAAUUGCAGUUGCAAAAGUGUGAACACAUACUAACGAGCAUCCAUCACACGUAUUCGAAUACCGCAGAGCGUCCUUCUACCAGCAGAGAGACCAACGUUCAGUUACCGUUCAUGGCCCAUUUGAUUUCCAAGUUGUCCAGAACUCAAGAAGAUAAUGUUCCUGCUACGAGUUCACCGGGUCCAAGCACUUCCGAAACGUUAACCAACGACGGUGUAAAUUCUUCUUCCCCUGAAGAUGUUGCUGGUUCGUCAAAAGUCCCGACAUUAUCGCGUCCGGAAGAAGAUGCGGCCGGCUGCUCUCACCAGGAUACUUCCACUCGGCAUCCUGCGACGUCCAGCUGUCAACGUAGUUGGGCGGAAAAUCUUCAUACAAAAAAUCCACUCAGACAUCGAGCCGAGACUAAACGUCGUGCUCAAUCCGAUACAAAUGAGGCUUCGACCAGCCAAUCAACAGUGACUAAUUCAAACAAUAGAUCGGGAUUAAUAACGUCUUGUUACUUUGCUACGAUGAUUUCAACGUUAAAGACAUUAAUCGCGCAGAACCGAACAUUCCCAACGGAAUCUACUGACGAUGGAUACCCAUGGGCGAGAUAUUUGAAAGACGGAUGGAGAGAUUCUAUGCAACGACGUAAUGCAACAGCGGAGGUAUAUAGGAUUAUUCGACGCUUGACUGAAUUCUUUGAGAAAGAAAAAUCUCGGAGUAAUUUCAACAGCAAUAUCGUUGAGCAAUUUCACCAAUCAUUUAUUUUACUGAAAUUGGCGGAAGAAUUGAUGGAGUUACUGGUGAGUCAGUGGACCAGAGAAAUAGAACAGGAAUCUUGUCAGCCGACAUCACGUGCUCGAACCGAAAACGAGAGCGAGUCCAGAGGCUUUUCACCACGUCGAAGCUCGUCUUCGAUCACCUCCACUUCAGGUGGCAGAAAUCCACCCUCGGUAUUUUCGAGUUUGAGGUAUCAGAGUUGGGAAGACAUUUCGAACAGGGAGAGAGCAAAUUCUCGACGAGGAACUGUCAACGAUCCUCCACCUCGUAUCCGAUUGCCACCCGAUUUUCUGGAAUCUCUUCGUGACUCUUCGGAAUCACCGCAUAGGCGACCAGUUCGUUCGCCCGAACGUGGCCCGGCUAUCAAUAACCCGACGACUCAUAGUCGCGAGGAAAGCCGAUCGUCGUUUGCGGGUUUUCUGGAUUCGGUUCUUGGUAGCUCAUCAGGAUGGAGGGAGAGAUUAAAUCUUCGACAAGGGAUAAACAGCAACCCUCCGCCUCGUAGGCGAUCGCAACCGAGUUUUCUGGAAUCUUUUCUCUAUCCGGGAUCCCCGCGUAGACGACUGGUUCGGUCGCCUGAACUUGUUCCUCCCAUCACUGACGUGUUGACUCAUAAUCGUGAAAGAAUCGGAUUUAAUGUGCCAAUCGUACAAGUCAACAAUGUACCCGUUAAUUGGAACAGUGCUUCGAACUUCAUGUUUCGAAGCGUUCGAGAACGUCAUGAAGAAGCAUCUGCUCCUGCUUCCCACAAUAAUCACGUCGUGAAUCAACGCUGGAGACGACUCACCGAUCCUAUACGUCGCCAUAUAAUUCCACCGGAGACUCGGCGACAACGAUUUUUGGAGGGAGGACAUUGGAUGCCAAUGGCUUUCCGUGGACUCCUUCAUCCCCCAGAUGCACACGGUUACGGCGCCUACAGGUUAGCUACUGGAGCUGGAGGUGGAGGCGGAGGCGGAGGCGGAGGCGGAGGCGGAGGCGGAGGCCAAGAUCCUGGUAACGACAGUGACGAAAUGGAACUGAGAAAUCACAUACCAACGAACAUGCCCUACAACGGUGCAGACAUUCAGAGCUACAGGGUUCAAGUCUGGGAUUUUUCAGAUGCCGAAAUACCCGAUCUGACAAAUACUGGAGGAAACGUCGUCGUGAGAGAAUGUAGGAUUCAUAAUGAUGCUAGUAUCGAUAUAUCGUCAGACGGAAAAUUGUUGGUUACACUUCUACCACCUAAAGACGUAGGCGAGUCUACAUCUUUAGGAGUGUACAGUUUACAAUGGGAGUCUCUGGGGGAGAAAUUAUACUCGGUAAAAGUUGACAAGACAGUAGUUUCGUUAUCAUUAUCACCAACGAGAGAGCAUUUGUUGGUUGGUUUGGCAUCGCGACGAGUUCACACUCCGGCCCGAUCGCUUCCGAUGGCCUUUAUUUACAAGUUGGUUCAACCGAUGAUGGAGGAAAAGCUUUUGAUUCGUCCUGAAUUCACGUCUUUUGCUGACCUUUGCAAACAACUUACGUUAAGACGUUUGAGAAUGGAUAUUUUGACUACGCAGAUAACAGAAAGACGCGUAAAUAAUGAGGAAGCGGAAGAAGAGGAAGAAGAAGAGGAUGAGGAAGAACAACAAGAAAAUUACGAGAAUCAGUACGGAGAGCAAGAGCGCACCGACAAUUCUUCGUGGAGAACUCGUAAUCCUCGCCUUGAAUCUGACCCGGACGAUGACAAAGGAAGUAUGAUACUUUUGCGCGCAUUGGUACAAAACAAUCGAGAGACUGCUCGGAACGUCAGUCUAAAUUGCAUCCGAUGGGCACCUCAGCCUGGCCAAGGAAUGGUAUAUGCGACGAGUAAUGGUCAACUCAAUAUUCUGCAUUGAUCAACCUCAACGAGUCACCGUAUCGUCACUACAUCUGUGCAAAUAUUAUUUUCAAAUUUCUCAAUCAUAAGCUUUAUUUUAUUUUUACUAUUUGUCAUGUAUUCAAAGGUCGCUGUGAUCAGCAGCGCUUACAAUACAUACCAAGGAAACGUGAAAGUCCUCUAAUUCAAAUAUAGCGUUCGAUCAAUAUUAAUGUAUAUCGAUGUAGAUUUCAGCUAAAAUCGAGCUGGAUAAUAACAGGUGUCGCGAUCGAACGUAAAGGUUUCAUGAACAUUAUCGAACAGAAAUUAUUUAUUAUUACGUCUUUUUUCUGUUUCAUUGUAACUGCUUUUUGUUUAUGAAUUAACGAAGCUUUUUUACUUGUCAUCUUACAACUUCGCUGUACACCAAUCGUUCGAUACAAAUGAUCGUUGUUCGUCGUUUUAAAAUUUCAAUAAUGUUUUGUGGAAACGGGAAAUCGGCAAGAAAAUUGCGAUUAUUCCUGGCGAAUAUGAUAUAGAACGAAAUAAGAUUUUUCAUGUUUUCCUUCCACUAUUUUUCAUUUACCAGUAAAUUUUCGAACGGUCAUGAUGCUUUGCUUCGUUUGAUGAGUUUAAACUCACUCGAAAAAUGCUGUAAACGCUGAUUCAAAGUUUUUUUUAAGGCCAAGAGGCCAUAUUGGUAUUUUUAUAUUGUAGAAUGGCUAAAAUGCCGACAAUUAUGGUUUCUUAAUGCAUCAAGAGCCAUCGAAAUUAUAACGGACAGGAAAAAGAUGAGAACAUAAGAAGAGAAAUCAUUUUCGAGAAACACAAAAGUAUGAUUUCUUGUCUUUUUUUGCCUCUCAUUUUUUUUCUCGUUAAUUCAGUGUUGAUUAUUAUGUUGAUCAUGAGUUCACUAUAAAUACUUUUAUGAAAUUUAAGAAAUUCGUAUUACAAACAUAUUUAAAAAUUGCAUGCCAUCGUGAUAAGCUGUAAAUCAUUGUCUGGUAAAUGUCAAGUGAUUUCAAAAACCACAGUCAAUGUUUCUGGGAUCUUCAAAAAAAAAAAAAAAUGAAAAAUAUAUCGAUAUUAGAAUUAAGUAAUAAAGUUGAAAAGGCUCACGAACGACGA